AUGGUGGUGGUGGUUGAAGCGAGUCUCCCCUCGCCCGAAGAAGAUCUUCUAUUUAUUUAUUGGCACUCUUUAUUUUUAACCUCUUAUAGAUGGUUUCAUCCAAAUAUUACUGGGGUGGAGGCAGAAAACCUACUGUUAACAAGAGGAGUGGAUGGCAGUUUUUUGGCACGGCCCAGCAAAAGUAACCCAGGAGACUUUACGCUGUCUGUUAGACGAACUGGAGCUGUCACCCACAUCAAGAUCCAGAACACAGGAGACUACUAUGACCUCUAUGGAGGAGAGAAGUUUGCUACGUUGGCUGAGUUAGUCCAGUAUUAUAUGGAACAUCACGGACAGCUCAAGGAAAAGAAUGGAGAUGUUAUAGAGUUGAAAUAUCCACUGAACUGUGCUGAUCCUACAUCUGAAAGGUGGUUUCACGGGCAUCUCUCUGGAAGAGAAGCUGAAAAACUAUUAACAGAAAAAGGAAAACAUGGAAGCUUUCUUGUGCGUGAGAGUCAAAGCCACCCUGGGGACUUUGUUCUUUCUGUCCGGACAGGAGAUGAUAAAGGAGAGAGUAAUGAUGGGAAAUCUAAAGUGACACAUGUCAUGAUUCACUGCCAGGAUCUAAAAUACGAUGUUGGUGGAGGGGAGAAAUUUGACUCUCUGACAGAUCUAGUGGAACAUUACAAGAAGAACCCUAUGGUAGAAACUUUGGGCACAGUAUUGCAACUCAAGCAGCCUCUGAAUACUACCCGUAUUAAUGCUGCAGAGAUUGAAAGCAGAGUGCGAGAGCUAAGCAAGCUAGCAGAGACUACAGAUAAAGUCAAGCAGGGCUUCUGGGAAGAAUUUGAGACUUUACAGCAGCAAGAAUGCAAACUUCUCUAUAGUCGUAAAGAAGGUCAGCGUCAAGAAAACAAAAACAAAAAUAGAUACAAAAACAUUUUACCCUUUGAUCAUACCAGAGUUGUUCUACAUGAUGGUGAUCCAAAUGAACCCGUUUCAGACUAUAUCAAUGCAAAUAUUAUUAUGCCUGAGUUUGAAACCAAGUGCAACAACUCAAAGCCAAAAAAAAGCUACAUUGCUACUCAAGGGUGCCUACAGAAUACAGUGAAUGAUUUUUGGAGGAUGGUGUUCCAGGAGAAUUCUCGAGUUAUUGUUAUGACAACAAAAGAAGUUGAAAGAGGAAAGAGUAAGUGCGUCAAGUACUGGCCUGAUGAAUAUUCCCUAAAGGAGUAUGGUGUUAUGCGUGUUAGGAAUGUUAAAGAGAGUGCAGCACACGAUUACACACUAAGAGAACUUAAGCUUUCUAAAGUUGGGCAAGGGAACACAGAGAGAACAGUCUGGCAGUAUCACUUCAGAACUUGGCCUGAUCAUGGAGUCCCAAGUGACCCUGGUGGUGUACUCGACUUUCUAGAGGAGGUGCACCAUAAGCAGGAGAGCAUUUCUGAUGCGGGACCAGUCGUGGUCCACUGCAGUGCUGGGAUUGGGCGAACAGGAACUUUCAUUGUGAUUGAUAUUCUUAUUGACAUAAUCAGAGAAAAAGGUGUGGACUGUGAUAUUGAUGUUCCAAAGACCAUUCAGAUGGUGAGAUCGCAACGGUCAGGAAUGGUUCAGACAGAAGCACAGUACAGAUUUAUUUACAUGGCAGUACAGCACUACAUUGAAACGCUACAGCGCAGAAUUGAAGAGGAGCAGAAGAGUAAGAGAAAAGGUCACGAAUACACAAACAUUAAAUAUUCUUUAUCGGACCAGACAAGUGGCGAUCAGAGCCCUCUUCCACCCUGUACCCCAACCCCAACGUGUCCAGAAAUGAGAGAAGAUAGCGCUAGAGUAUAUGAAAACGUGGGGCUGAUGCAACAGCAGAAAAGUUUCAGAUGAGAAGAUGUACAGAGACUUCCAUGCAAAGGCAGAAAUGAAUAUGGUUUUUAAAAAGGUCAAGAAAGAGGCGGAAGAAGCUUCACAUGAACGGUGGACUCUGAGGGCUUGGUACCUUUUUAUUUACGGUUUUAAUCCUUCAACAGUAGGCAAAACUUAAGACCAUCUACAGAUUGUUUAUAUCUCUCUUCUCCAAUACCUGAUUUACAAUUGCUCAUUUUCCAAAUAAAAGGAAAUCGUUUCUACAAGGUAGGCAACUACUUUGUGGAGUCAGUUUUGAAUCCAGCAACCUAUUGGACUGUCAUCCAUUUGUUUUUUAAAUAGUAUUUUUG